GCGGAGCGAGCGCCUCAAAUGCUCGGCUUUCUCAGCUGAUUGUCUCCAGCCGAGAGUUGUUUUCUGCCGCUGCGGAGCCGAGCCGAGCCGCGGCAGGAGGAGCCUGAGCCCCCCCCCGGGGGGUAGGGGGAGGCGGGCCCGAGGGCAGCCGCGGCCAGCGCGCGGGGCUGCGAGUCCUGCAGGGCACGGCGCUGCCCGGGGCCGCAGGCUGGGGCGGGCGGGAGGUCCGGGGAGGGCGCUUGGGCUGCUUCCUUCCCGCGCUCCCUCGCCGCUGCUCGCGUCCCCUGAUGAGGGUGUCAGUGCCGGGGCCGGCGGCCGCCGCGGUCCCCACGGCUGGCCGCGAACCCUCGACGCCCGGCGGGGGCGCCGUCGCGGCCUCGGGGACCGCGGUGCCCGGCUCGGUGCAGCUGGCGCUGAGCGUGCUGCACGCGCUGCUUUACGCGGCGCUCUUCGCCUUUGCCUACCUGCAGCUCUGGCGGCUGCUCCUGUACCGCGAGCGGCGGCUCAGCUACCAGAGCCUCUGCCUCUUCCUCUGUCUCGCGUGGGCAGCGCUCCGGACCACGCUCUUCUCGGCCGCCUUCUCCCUCAGCGGCUCGCUGCCCGUGCUGCGGCCGCCCUCUCGCCUCCACUUCUUCCCGCACUGGCUGCUCUACUGCUUCCCCUCCUGCCUCCAGUUCUCCACGCUCUGUCUCCUCAACCUCUACCUGGCAGAGGUCAUAUGUAAAGUCAGAUGUGCUACUGAACUUGACAAACACAAAAUUCUACUGCAUUUGGGCUUUACACUGGCAAGCCUCCUCUUCUUAGCUGUGAACUUGACCUGUGCAAUGCUAGUCCAUGGAGAUGUCCCAGAAAAUCAAUUGAAAUGGACUGUGUUUAUUCGAGCAUUAAUUAAUGAUAGCUUAUUUAUUCUUUGUGCCAUCUCUUUAGUUAGUUACAUAUGCAAAAUCACAAAAAUGUCAUCAGCAAAUGUCUACCUCGAAUCAAAGGGUAUGUCUCUGUGCCAGACUGUCGUCGUCAGCUCUAUAGUCACUCUUCUCUACUCUUCCAGAGCUUGUUAUAAUCUGGUAGUGAUCACCAUAUCACAGGAUGCAUUAGAGAGUCCGUUUAAUUAUGGCUGGGAUAAUCUUUCAGAUAAGGCUGGUGGAGAAGAUAGAAGUGGAGGAGACUACAUCGUCUUUGGAAUGGUCCUCUUUCUGUGGGAGCACGUACCAGCAUGGUCAGUGGUACUGUUUUUCCGGGCACAGAGAUUAAACCAGAAUCUGGCACCUGCUGGCAUGGGAAGCAGCCACAGCUACAGCUCCAGAGCUUUCUUUUUCGACAAUCCAAGACGGUAUGACAGUGACGAUGACCUGCCAAGACUGGGGAGCUCUCGAGAAGGAAGUUUAUCGAACUCGCAGAGUUUGGGCUGGUACGGCACCAUGGCAGGGUGUGGCAGCAGCACCUUCCCGGUCACCCCCCCACUGAAUGGACCUGUAACGGACACUGCUCCUUUGCUCUUCACGUGCAGUCAUUUAGAUAUGAGGAAUCACCAUAGCUUGUAUGUAACUCCACAAAACUGAGGGCUUCCCCACAGCAGGAGUCUUGAACUGUUUUCCAUGAAUGUGUAUGUGUAUUCAACAUCUUUAAAAGCAUCUACAUCAACAUUGCAUCAUCUAUUGCAACUAGCAAAAUCUGGAAAUACAGCUGUGUUUCGUGGAGAACCUCAAAACACAGCUGUUUGUUUUGACCUCUGCAUAGUGAAAUUCAAAGUUUGGAGGAGAGAUUAGAUGCUAAGGUACUCGAUGACCUCAGAACCUCCUAACUUUGAAUGUCCAACGCACAUUUGCAUAUUUGCACUUUUACCUAUGUUCAGAAAGAAUACUCUGCAGUCCCCAAAGCCACACUUGAGUAUUCACGCCAGAAUAUUAUUGUAUACCAGAUCGGAAGGCAGUUUUUCCACAAGAAUCAAAACCUAGAAAUUCAAAGGUGCACUCUACAUGGAACCCUUACCCAAUUACAGCUUUAAAGUAUGAUCAGUGCACAGAGUUAAGGCUUAAAAGUGUAUCAUUCUUUUUAAAAAUAUGCAACAUAGAAGACAGUUUUUUAAAGCAUGCUUUGAAAAAAUGUCAAUUGAAAUUACUCCAUUCUUUUAAACAAGUGAUAGUGGAAACCCUUCAUGGUGCUGCUGGCUGGCAGUAUUCUUUGGAAAGCCAGAGGAGUCUCUUCAAGAGGAACAAUAAGCCAGUGGAGACUGUGUGGCUUUGAGUAGGACUGGUCACGUGGCUAUUUUGUAUGGCUAAGGUGAGUAGCAGUUGAAGCAUGAUUCUUCCAGAAGCAAUAGUGACUUUUGCAUAGGGAGUUGCAGUAGAACUUCUUGGGACUAACUAAACAAGUUUACAGAUGCAUUGAGGGAUUGUUCAUUAAAGAAGUGCUAGGUUAAAAACGGUAUGCUUUCAAACGGUAUUCAGUUUAUCUGAAAGAGAUGGAGCACAUCCCACCUACUGAGUCAAGAUUGUCCUCAGGUAAAUUAAAUCAUGAGACAUUUUGCAGUGAGCUAAAGUGCAAUACUUUAUAAAAUGUAUAAUCCCGCCUUUAUUUUUCACAUUUUAUACCUUGUAUAUGGGCUAAGCCAGAUUAAAUGAAUUCCAAUCAAUUCCAGCACUGGAUGAGCAAACGAGAGAAGAGUAAGAGGUUAACAUUGGGACAGUUUAGGAUGUCAUUAAAACUGUCUUAAACAUGCUGUAAGCGGUGUGCUUGUGCACGCAUGUGUAUUCAAGCACACAACAGUAGGCCAAGAUAACACAAUUUAAAAAUGCACUUUCUACCUGUGUCUAUAUGGAAAGCAGAUGCUGAAUACCUCAGAUUCCGAGGGGACAGGCAGCUUAGGUGUCACACAGGUGAAGACCCCACACAGGAUCUGCCAGCUGCUUUGGAACUGGGACGAACACAGCUGCCCUCUUCUGUCUACUGUGACUAGAAACUGUCUUAUUUGUACUCAUACCUAAAAUCUAUCAGCUUUUUAACAACUAAUGCAGCAACUUCACAAAAGUAUAUGUGAAUCUUUAGAAACAUAUUGUUAAUCCUUUCUAUCUUUUGAGAGGAUGGUACAAAGCCAAAUACUUUUCUUCUUUUUAUGAACAACCGAUUUUAAAUUCAAUCAGAAGCAUACUUAUAAAUGCACAGCAUCUGUUUAUAAGUUCUUACUGUAACAAAUGAAUCUUUUAUAGUACAGAAGUUAGCCUUGGUACUAUGAUGACAACCUAACAAUAGUCUACAACUGUGGAUUUCUUUUCAGUUUUUCGGUUUCUCAGAAUGCCAGGUGUUUAUUUUGAUGAUGUUAAUUAAGUAUCUAACUAUUGUCUUUGAUAUUUUUUUCUAAUUAAGCCUCUCUACACAAACAUCCUGGUUGACAAAGUAAACAAAGAUUACUUAACUCUUUCAGAUAAAGUAUCUUAGUUCUUUUUGCUGCACUGGUUGACUACACUGAAUUUGAUAUUUAUUAGUUUAUUAUAUUUAUCAGUGACUCAAGUACCUAAAUUCUCAUUUUGCUUUGUUUUGAAACGGAGUCUCUCUGUGUAGUCCUGGCUGUCCUGGAACUCACUGUGUAGACCAG